AAAAUAAUGUUAAACAAUUUAUGUAAUGGUUAAUUCAUUAAUAACUAACUCCCCUGUGUUACGCCUAUGCUUUUUGUACGACCUUCAUGGCAAAUGUCAAAAUCUCAAAAUUGUACAUAAAAAACGAGGGUGUAAAGUAACAAAUCGAGUGUUUAUAAUUUUCCUAAUACUUUCCAAUAUUGAAUUUAAUUUUUUGCAGUUUUGAGACAUCAAAGUUAAAAAUUAAAAAAGCCCAAUAUGCCCACUGUUCCUGGUGGAGUUUAUCAUCAACAAGGACCUUCCUGUUUUGAUCGAAUGAAAAUGGGUUUUAUGCUCGGAUUUUGUGUCGGUAUGGCUAGCGGGGCAAUAUUUGGAGGAUUUUCAGCUUUGAGGAGCGGAUUAAGAGGCAAAGAACUUGUUAACACAGUAGGAAAGGUCAUGCUUCAAGGUGGAGGCUCCUUUGGAACAUUUUUGGCCAUUGGAUCUGGGUUACGGUGUUAGCAGUAUCAGAGUAAAAAAUUUAAAUUAAGAACUACAUACAAACAAUGUAAAUUACCUAUCAUCACUUUACAGGAUAAUUUAAGAAGUUUGAAUCAUGUUAAUAAGACAAAUAAAAUUCAAUGUGCACAUUAAAACUUAAUUUGUAGUUAAAUGUAGUGUACUUGAUAUAGACUGAAAUGCAACUGAAUGGAGCAUGUGGGUGAAUGAAUUUUUCAAGCCUUUUCUUUUGUUAGUUAUGUAAGUAAAACCAAUAAAAUUUGUUCAAGUUGA